UUAAAAAUACAUUAACUAAAAAUGAGCUGAUUGAAAAAUGUAGUGUGUGAACACGCUAAAUUGUCUACGCUGGAGUAAAGAAAAUUAGUGUAUGAACACAAUAAUUUUAAAAUAAUUGUAAGGCUAUCACGUCAGAAUUCUAAUUUUUAAAUGAUUGUGAGACUGUCACGUGUCAAUUAGUGUGUAAAAGCAUUUAUUACAAAUGCUUCUCUUUUAACAUAUAGGGAAUAUGUGAUAUAUUCUAAAUGUUUAUCCAUAAUUGGUUAUUCAUAAAUUAGCUCAUUUUUAAUUGCAUAUAAAUAAAACUAAUUGUGUUUUCUGCAUAUUUGGGCGUAAUCAUCUUACAAAUAUUUAUUAAUAUAUGCAGUAUGAAAGUGAAUUUUAGCCUCUUUUAAAUUUUUCACCUCUUUAAUUAGGAACAUGCAUAAACUUAAGAAAAAAACUUCAAAAAUAUAACCAAAAUAAAAAUAAAACAAAUUAAAAAAAUUAAAAUUAUGUGAUAGCCUAGAAGAUUUUUUUUUUAAAAAGUGAACUAAUAUAAUGAUAAGAUGAAUAUAUACAUGGAUUUAUCUUACUAUUUCAUAACUUUUAUUUAUAAAAGAAAAAGUAAUAAUAGUUUCAUUACUAUAGUAGAUUUAUGGUUAAUUAUAUAAUCAUAAACUUAAUAAUGAUGUGUACAAAGCAAAAAGAAAAUUAGAUGAAAUCAAAGUUGAUAUAAGAUGAGACAAUGAUUUAUAAAAACAUUUGAUCAAAUUUACCAUUAAACGAUACAAAAGUCAACUUAUCUCUUAUAUACUAAAGCACAAGUCACCUAACAAAUCAAAAUUUGACAUAUGGAAAUGCUUUAAAAAUAAAAAAAACAAUUGAUUCAAAGAAAAAUAUUUUCGAUCCCUAAUUUUAAGCAACUACAUCCUAUUUUUUUCUCAAAAUAUAUCUCAUCUACAUUCACAACAGUUGACCACGAUUUUAACCUGUAUUUCAAAAAAAAAAAACAUAUUAUUUUUCUCUACUAAAACUUCAGUUUUGUUUUCCACCGGUUUCUUUAAAUCAUCUUUCUUUUUUUCUGCACCAGUUCAAAACUUUUGUUAUUCAUUUUCUGGAUUUUUACUGUAAAGUUCAUCACGACAAGAUUUUAGAUAGCAAGGGUCGAAUAAAGUUGUCAUUGAACCACUUUCAAAGCAUCAAGUGGAUUGUGGCAGUGGAGUUUUAAAUCACAUUAGGAAAAGAUUGAUACUGGUAUGGUCAUUUCUGAAGAAAUUGAAACUACUGAUGAUUUUGAAUAUUAUUCUUUUUAUUUUAAUAUACUUGACUUUAGAUCAUUACAGUAUAGUUAACUUUGAAGCUUCCUUUAUCAAUUAAAACAGGUCAUGAAGGUCACGGAUUGGAGAGAUGGGGUGGAGCAUAAACAAAAUUAUUCUCGAGGAAUGCUUAUAAACCUACACUCACUCAGUGAUCUUCCACUUUACUAAAGGAACAAACCUCAAGCUUUGGCCUCACGAAUAAGGUUUGCAUGUUUUCCACUUUUUACUAUUUCUCCUUCCCAAAUUUAGAUUUAUUGGUUAAUUUUUCCUUUGCUGAAGCUUGAAAACAAUAUUUUUUCAGUAGUCAUAACUGCAAUUGAGUUCGACAAUAACAUUUUUGCAAGGUCGACUAUGGCAAUUUUUCAUCAAGACAUAACAAUUCACUAUAAUUUUAUAAAAAGCAAACUAAAGUUGUAAAUAACGAAAGUUGUAAAUUUUAAUCUUAUAAAUUCAACAAACUACAAAAUAUGCAAUGUGGGUUAAUUUUGUUUUGAAUGUGUGCUUUUCAAAAAAAAAAAUGUUAGGUAAAGUAAAUAAAAUGUCAAUAACAUCCACAUUUUAAACUGUAAAAAAUUGUAAUAGUAAAUUUAUUUGAUUCACCAAAACCAAAUUAAUAUAUAUAUUAAGAUACAUUAAGGGUUCGACUCGUGACCAUUCUGGAAACAAGAGGAACUAAUAGAAAAAGAACGUAAAGAAAUAAAAUUGCAGGAAUGAAAAUGAAUGGUUGUUCUUUUUCAAAUUUAACAAGGAAUACUUUUGUUUUUUAUAUCUCUACAAAAAAAAGAAUGGUAGGGAAUGAGAAUAAAAAAUUAUUCCUUGUGAAUGAUGAUAUUAUUUAGGAACGUUAGGGAAUUCAUUAUUCAUCGUCGUUCUCUGGUCACCAUUCAUACCCUAAGUCUUGUUAUUAUGGAAGAAAUCAUUUAAUAAGUUAAUGAAUCAAGUAAAGUAUUUAACUAUAUUUUAUAUUUUAUUUAUUUUUGAAAAAUCCUACAAGCAUGUACCAUCUUAUAAUAAUAUGAGUUAUUGUUGUACUUUUUCAACUGCUUUAUUUUAAUGCAACACUUCUAAUAUCAUGUGCCAUUGUUCAUAUAAUAUUUUUGUGAAAAAGUUUAUUCUGAUUAAAAAUUAUGACAAUGUUUAAAUAAUUUAAAAAAAACAGUUAAUUAGACCCGGCUACGCCGGGCUGUAAUACUAGUAAAAACUAAAAAUCAAGUAAAAAUAAACUUUAAUCAUGAUGUGCACAAAGCAAACAAAAAAGUAUUAGAUGCUAAUGAAAUUGUAUAAAAGAUAAGAUGAAAGGAUGAAACAAAGGCUUAUAAAAACAAGGCCCCUAAAAACAAUUGAUCAAAACAACUAUUAAACAUGAUAAUGAAGUUAAGCUACAAAAAAUAAAAUUCAAGUGAUAUGGUAUUAUGGUUGAUAUAGUUGAUGAGCUUUUUUUCUUGUACAGGGACUGACCAAACACUUUUUCAACUUUUACUUAUAUAUUACAUAGAUAAUAACAUGAAUUGUCUUUAUGAUAGCACUAAAAAAAAGACCUUGUCACAAAUAUAGAAUCUAAUGAUCAAAAUAACCAAAAUGUGUUCAUUAAAGAGGUAAAUAUACACUUAUACUUCUAGAGUUAACUAAUCCAAACCUUAGGGUUCAGAGUUAAAGGGUGGAGAUUUUGGAUUAAGUUUUUAAACAAAAUAUUAAAAAAAUUUGAAAAUAAAAAUUUGAAAAUAAAAUGAGUUAAACACAACUAUUCAAGACAUUUGAUAGAGGUCUGAUACUAGAAGUUUUUAGUGCAGUAGAAGACUGAGAAAAUUUGUUAUUAUUUGUUUUAGCUUUUAUAAAUAUAUAAAUUUGUAACUUAAAUUAUUGCCUCUAGUGAAAGUAAUAUUAAUUUUUAGAAGUUACCUAACACAGAAAAUCACGUAGUAGCUACAGAUAAUACCAAAUCAAAUAAAAAUCUUAACUUAUAUAACAAUAAAAAUGUGACAAAUAAUUAUGUUUCACAAUCGGUGUUAAUAUAUAUAGACGUCAGAUUCUUUUUGUUCUUGUUUAACUCCUCCCAAAAAAAAACAUUUUAAACAAAUACUCCAAAGAGAAGAGAAAAUGAAGAAAUUGUUUGUUCUAUUUAUUGUAUUACUACUAUACUCGUAUGUUGCAGCUGAGUUUUUAUCGCCGUCAGAGUCACCUGUGGUUUCAGAGUCACCAUUGGUAUCACCAUCAGAUGCACCUGUGGUUUCAGAGUCACCAUUGGUAUCACCAUCAGAUGCACCUGUGUUGUCAGAGUCACCUAUUUUAUCACCGUUAGGCACGCCUGUGUUAUCUCCAUCAUCUGAACCAUCAAACAAUGAUUGUGCUACUGUAAUUUUCAGCAUGUUCGAUUGUCUUUCCUUCUUGACAGUCGGGUCAAAGGAUCGUAGUCCAACUAAAUCGUGCUGUGAUGGUGUUAAAACAGUUCUUGAAUAUAAUCCUAAUUGUCUCUGCAUUGCAUUGGAGAGCAGCCGUGACAUGGGAUUUGAGUUAAUUAAUAGAAAAGCUCUUGCCAUGCCUUCUAUUUGCAAUAUUUUCAUUAAUCCUCAUUGUGAUGUUGCAUCAAGUCCGACUGCAUCAAUCUCAACACCAGGAACAACUACGAUUUCUCCAUCGGAACCACCUACAAAUCUAUCACCACCUGUGGUUAUGACCCCAUCACCGCCAACGGUUACAACUUCGUCACCACCAGCGGUUAAUGCUCCAUCACCACCAACGUUUACGACUCCAUCACCACCAACGUUUACAACUCCAUCACCGUCUGUUAAUCCUUCACCACCGGCGGUUAUUACAUCACCGGCUAGGACUGCUUCACCACCAACGAUUACUCACUCAUCACAGUCAUCACAAGCGAUGACUGCUUUGUCACCUGCAAUAAUUGCUCCGUCACCAUCUAAAUCUGGAGCCACGAACUUGUCCAUAUCCAAGCUAUUCCUUAGGAUCGUCACAAUUUCUACUUUUGCUUAUGUUGUUUCCUUCAAUUUAAUUUAGUUGAAAUCAUUUUUCUGUUUUUA